CCGACGCUUUUGCUGGACAAAGGCUCUCGUCCUCCUCAGUAUUCCUUCUCGAUACCCCGGUGCAACUCUCACCCACUACUUCCGACUCGUCGAUAUCAGCUCCCUAACGGCCCAGACAGAACCCUCACUUUCACUUACACAACUAUCAACGACUUCUCGCCUACCCAUCUCACAUAAAAUGCGUACCCAGCUCGUCUUCCCCGCCCUGUUUGCUGGGCUUGCCAGUGCUGCCGGCUUGGAAAGCAAGUCCAUCUAUGCUGUGGAUGCUAUCAAGACCAUCAUGCCUGGGGCCUUGGCCGAUUGCUCGUCGGCUCAAUUCCCAACUGAGUGCAGAACACCGGAGCAGGCUGCUCCCUAUCUGAUCAAGUCCUUCACGGGCCGCACCACAGGCGAGAUUGCUAUGAUGCUAGCACUCAUUGGCCUCGAGAGUGGUGAUUUGAAGUACAGGGUCAACUUGGCCCAUGAUGAUCAAGGUACAGCGAAUAUGAUGUCGCCCGAUUUUGUCAAAGAGUAUGCACAAGACCUCAACUUGCCCAUCGACGGCAAGUCAGGGGCGGAGAUCUUGCAGCUUGUCAUAUCGGACGACUUCCGCAAUUUUGACUCUGCCCGUUGGUUCGUCGACAAACAUUGCUCGGCUGACGUGAAGGCCAAGAUGAAGAUGGGCACCGACGAGGGGUACAAUGACUAUAUCACAAAGUGCGUUGGCACCACUAUGGCGGAUGCUCGGCAACAGUACUGGGACCGGGCCAAGAAGGCCUUUGGCCUGAGUGGUUAGGUCUGAGUGGUUAGGUCUAGGAGACGGCGAUGUGUGGGUUCCACGAAUGAUGAUGGAUGGUAGUCUGGGUCAAGCGGUGUUUUCUUCUCUUCCUUAAAUGUCCCAAGGUGACAAAAUUUUACACAAUACAACUUUGACGGAAACAAUAUUUGGUUUGAGGAGUCAGUCGAUACCCAAAAUCGGAGCAACGUGAUAGGUGUACA